GACAACACCGCGGGCGCUUUACGGCAGCGGGCCGGGGGUCCAGGGAGGGUCCCGAGGGAGUUUUAAGGGGACCCCGAGGGGGUCCCGGUGCCUCCGAGGCGUCUCCGUGAACACCGAAUUUCCCCCCGCGCCCUCCUUUGUGCCGCGCCACGGCGCUACUCGGAGCGCGCCUCUCUUGACGGCGGGCUGUACGACAGUCUGAGGGGCGUCCGGCGCGCUUUACGGCAGCGCGGCCGGGGCAGCGCGGCCGAGGGGGAUUUUGGGGGGUCCCGGGGGGGUUUUGGGGGGUCGCGGAGGGUCCCGGGGGGGGCCGGGGGCCGGUGCCCCCCCCGAGGAUGCCGCUGGCCGUGCAGUGGCCGUUCCCCCCGGAGCCGUCGCGGCGCUGGGCCCUGGCGAGCCGCGUGGUCACGGGCCUGGUGGGCACCUACAGCUGCGUGUGGACCCGUGAGUCAGGGGACGGCGUUUACCAGCGGGGCAUGGAUUUUAUACUGGAAAAACUCAACCAGGGAGACUGGGUGCACGUGUUCCCCGAGGUUUUUGGGGUUCUCUUGGCGCACAUCACGGUGGUCGUGGGGCGCCCCUUCAGUGCCCGGCCUCUCCUGGAGCGGCUGCGCAGCGAGGGGACCCCCACGGUGGAGCUCCGCAAGGCCCUGACCGAUUUUGUCCAGCGGGAAUUCGAGGCUCUGCGGGGCCACGCCCGGACCCUGCACCCCACCCCAUAACUGGGGGUCCCCCUGCCCCACAACUGGGGGGUUUUGCCCCAAAACUGGGGCUUCUGCCCCAUAAUUUGGGGUUGUGCCCCACAACUCCGGGUUGUGCCCCAUAGCAAGGCCCUCCUGCCCCAUAAAAGGGGAUUUUACCCCAUAAUUUGGGGGUCUUAUCUAAUAAUUGGGGGUUCUGCCCCAUAGCAGGGGUCCCUGGUGGACUCCCUGCCCCAUAGGGGGGUCCUGCCCCCUUCUGAGCCCCCCAACUGUGCACGGUGCCAAUAAAAGAAGGUGGAACCUC